AUGGCGGACGACGAGUCGAUCGAGGAGACGAAGCAGACGCUUAUCCAGCGCUUCCGCGCAUGGGGUGUGACCUGGACACAGCACGAGCUCCAGUCAUUCCACACGCGAGCAACCACUGACGUCGAUGUAGAAAACUCAUUCCCGCCCACGCUACUCGCCUCGCUGAUUGCGGCGCAGCACAUGAAGCCGUUCCAGUUCUUCCCCAUGCUGUUCCCUCCUGCCCUCCUCUUCACCAGUUAUGCGAACCUGCAAGGAUUCAAGACGGAUACCGCCGGUAUGAGCGCGGCGUGGUCAGGAUUGUACCUGUUGCUUGCAGCGCGUCGUCGUCAGCCUUUCGUGAAGAAGUUCGGUGUUCGGGGCGUUGUGCGCGGUGCGACCAUGGGUCUGGCAUUGGUCAACAUGGUUGGCGGCGGACUCGCCUACACUCUCGGAAAGAGAGAGGGAGGAAGAGAACGAGUGAGGGAAACGCUGUCUGAAGAGCGAGGAGUCGUGGCGCCCACGGCUUCCGCGCACUGA